AUGUCUAUAGCUUUUCAGAUAUUGUAUUGGCUCAUAAGUUUCACGCUUACGGUUGGGAUUUUGUUCAUAAAUAUUAUGUUUUUGAUUCUUUGCAAAGAUUUGGAACAAGACUAUGUAAAUCCGAUAGAGUUUACAGAAAACUUGAACAAGCUCGUUGUCCCUGAAUAUUCUGCAGAGGGACUACUGUGCGCGGUCUUGCUGGUUGGCGGCCACUGGAUCGUAGGUUUAACGCUAGCCCCUCUGGUGUACCUUAACGUCAAACGUUGGAUGCAGCAUCGACACGUUUUCGAAAGCACGAGUGCGUUCAAUGUGCUUCCGCUGGCGAGGAGGCAAAGCCAAGUGAAACUGGGCUGCUUCGCGCUCUUGUUCUUCUACCUGCUUUAUAGUUUCGUUUAUUUUCUCGUUCAUUUCUCAACAAACGGAAGCAAGCUCAGUGCCGAUUUCCGUUUCGAUAUAGCGGAAGGCACCACCGUAUGA